AUGGCUUCGUCUCCUCUCUCUCCUCUUUCAUUCCUCUUCUUUCUCCUCCUCUCUCAAAACGCCAUCCCUUCCCAUGCAAAUCUCCAGAAAACGAAAUCUCUCCUUUUGGAAUCCCAAGACCUCUUCAAACAGCAGCAACCGCAAUCCUCAGAAACUCCCACCACCUUCUUCCAAGUAACAAAACCCAUCUCCCUCCCAAAAUCCAACCCAUGCUCUUCUCUCAUCCUCCAACACUCCUUCGCUUUUACCUACACAAAACCCCCUGUAACAGCCCCUUACAAUCCUCCUUCCGACUGCCCUUCUAAUUCCUUCUCCAAGAUCAUCCUCGUCUGGUCUGCUUCCUGCAAGGGUCGGCAGUUCGACCGGAUAUUCGGCAUAUGGCUCAGUGGUGUUGAGCUCCUACGCUCCUGCACCGCUGAGCCCCGCGCCAGUGGCAUUGUAUGGACCGUUGAGAAGGACAUCACCAGCUACUCUUCCCUCCUCAAACAACCCCAAACACUCGCCGUCUAUCUCGGAAACCUCGUCGACAGUACCUACACUGGAGUCUACCAUGUUAAUGUGACAUUCCAUUUCUACCCAGAAGAAGAAACUACACCAAACCGUGCGAUUUCAGGACUUGGGUUUGGCUCUCCAGCUGAUUUGAUACUGCCCAUCUCACGGAAUCUACCAUUGAAUGAUGGGCUGUGGUUCUUGAUAGAGAAUUCGAUGGAUGUUCAGGUGAAGGAAUUCGAGAUCCCCACGAAUGCAUACCGCGCCAUUUUGGAGGUGUUUGUUUCGUUCCAUUCCAGCGAUGAGUUCUGGUAUGGGAAUCCACCAAACGAAUAUAUAAAAGCGAAUAAUCUGACUGGGGUGGCUGGCAAUGGUCCCUUUAGGGAGGUGGUCAUUACUUUGGAUGGCGAGGUAGUUGGGGCAGUAUGGCCUUUUACAGUGAUCUACACGGGCGGUAUCAAUCCCCUUCUUUGGCGUCCUAUUACGGGCAUUGGAUCCUUUGAUCUCCCAACUUACAAUAUUGAGAUUACGCCAUUCUUAGGGAAGAUUUUGGAUGGGAAGAAACAUAAAUUCGGGUUCAGCGUGACAGACGGUUUGAGCUAUUGGUAUGUAGAUGCCAAUUUGCAGCUUUGGUUGGACAACAACAGUGUGAAAACAGAGGGUGAACUGAUCAAACACAAAGCAGAGCCAUUCACACCUUCUUUGGUUUCGAACUUCAAGGGUCUAAAUGGGUUGUUCUUGAUGACAGCAAAUCGGUCUAUAUCUUCCACUGGAUGGGUCAAAUCAUCCCAUGGGAAGAUCACAACGCUAUCGUUCCAUGCGUUUGAUUACAAAAAUUCAAUUGAGUUCGGAGACGAUGGAAAUCUGCAGGUUGUGAAUCAGACCAUUGACACCGCUUAUGGCGUGUAUGUCAUACAACGACCUCGGGAUGCAUACUUGAAGCGAGUGCUUCGGAGGUUUCCUCUUUAUCUGUAUUCAGGCAUUGUUGAUCAAGGCAAUGGCAGCUACGCUUCGUUUGCGAACAUCUCAUUGGGAUUCUUCGAGGAUCAGUUUGUGGGGCCGGGGCCGGACUUCUCAUUCAGCUCUCUCUCGAACAAGCAGGAUGGGAAGGCUUAUACACUUGUAGAAGGGAAUUUGGUGGUUGGUGCAUUGGGAAGUACACAGCAAGUAUACAAAUAUGAGAGCAGUGAAGGUUGCUAUUUCAGGAAUGUGAGUAGCAGUGAUUAUACCAUUCUUCAUGAUGAAUCCAGAGAGGUUUGUAGCGAGGGAUUGCAGUCACGCUCUGCGUUUAGAUCCAAACUAAGGCAACCUUUUUCAGCCAGGCGGGUUUCUCUUGCAUAGCGCCCGAUUUGCAUGAUCAAGAGAAGAGAUUUAGAUUCAUUGACUUGGGAUGAUUGUUCCUUGGUAAGCAUCUCCUCACUAGAUUGUGGUGUGGUGUGGUAUGGUGUGAUCAAAUAAUCAUGUAAGUGCAAAUCAUGGAAUUGAUUGCAGAACAUAAGUUAUACUAUAUAUGUACAGUACAAAUUCAUAAAUAAGGAAAUAACAGUCAGUGGAUGUAAGCUGAUUGAGUGUUAGUAGGUGUCUUUGGGUGGUGUAAGUAGGUGCAAGUAGGUGCCAGUGGGUGUAAUUAACUAUCAGUGGGUAGUUUAUAUGGAUGUAAUUAGCUGUCAUGGGUGGUGCUAGUGGUUGUAAUUGGGUAUCAGUGAUGUAAAUGGAUGUUAAUCAUUUGAACAUGGACCUGCUGUGCAUUUGAGAUUUAUAGUCCCAACCAUGAUGUUUAUGUGGAAUCCAAACUAUGCAUCUGGGUCUCUCCGCCAUCUUAGGCCUACAUGCCAAAAUCCAGCCUCAUCCAUGGCAUAAAUGAGCCACACCAAAGGGAACAAUGAAAACAUUCAAUCAUGAUUGAUUUGCAAACCUUAUGAAUGCUGUAUUAUGUAAUAU